AUAUCGAUUUCCGCUAACAACAAAUAUGGCGACAUCAGAGCAACUUGGUUACAACAUGAGUUCUCUUCCAGAUUUAGAAAAAAAUGAACAAGGGUGUUCUAUGCCUUUGGAUAAUAGAAGACAAGAGAUGAUCGAACAGGGACCGUCAAUUUUUGACAUGAUUAAGGCUGGGCUGUUGGUCCCUCUCCAAACUAUGAUUGAACAUCUUGGGCCUGAAGUGUUGUCUAGACGCGAUGAAAAGGGUCAUACACCGGCACAUUGGGCUUGUCUCGGGGGCCAUACUGUUAUUCUUAGACAUUUAAUUGACUGUAAGGCUCCGAUAAAUUUACCGAGUGAAGAUGAUCGAAAACAAAAGCCCAUUCAUUGGGCUUGUGUGAAUGGUCAUAUUCAAAUUGUUGAUAUCUUGCUACAAGCCGGUGAAAGUAUCGAUGAUACGGACGCAAAAGGGUGUACACCACUCAUUGUAUCUAGCCAAUACGGGCAUACCGUUUUAGCUGGAUACCUAUUAGGCAAGGGAGCAAACAAAGACGCUGUAGAUGUUGACGGAGAUACAGCCCUUCAUUGGGCGGCUUUUAAAGGCCAUAACGAGCUCAUGAGACUUUUAGUGUAUUCAGGAUUAAGCCCACAUCAUAGAGACAGUUAUAAUCAAACACCUCUACAUUUAUCCUGUAUCAAUGGAAAUUUAACUGCUGUUAAGGAAUUGUGUGAAAUGGACGAAGUAGAAAUUAAUAUUGAAGAUAAACACCAAAAAACUCCAUUAAUGUUGGCAUUAGGUCGCAAACAUAUGAAUAUUGUUAAUUAUUUGAAGGAACAUGCUAAACAAAGAACCUCUUUCUUACCUCGGAUCGAUUUGAAGUCUCUUGUUUUUGGACCUCCUGGCAAUAGUAAAUUCGCACUAGUAUUUUUUAUAGUAAAUGUAUUAUUCUGGGGGUAUCCGAUGUAUCUCUUUAAGUGCCUACCUCACACAUAUUAUGAAACUUCCGGCCUACAUAUACUCUUUUGGAUUUUGAAUGUUAUUAUGUGGAUCUGCCUUUACCAUGCCAGUACUAUUGAUCCUGGUUUCCUUCCAAGAAAUGUUCCAGAAUACGAUGAGGCUAUAAAAAGAGUAGCUAGAUUUAUUGAUUGGAAACAAGGGGAAAAUCCUUUGAGCAGAUUAUGCCAUACUUGUAGAACUGUGCGCCCAUUAAGAUCGAAACACUGCAGAGUUUGUAAUCGUUGCAUUAAACAUUUCGAUCAUCAUUGCCCAUAUAUUUAUAAUUGUGUGGGAUAUAAUAAUCGGUAAGUUCAAUUUUGUUUUUAUUCAAAAAUCGUUAUUUAUAAUCACUUGAAAAAUUAUUACUAUCCUUAAUAUAUGCAAUUAUACCUUCCCACCUACUUUUCGCCCUACUAUUCCUCCUAGUCCUUAUAUAUAUUUUUUUCAUGCUACAUGCUUAAGAUAAUUAGAUAAUUUUAUCAUUUUAACAAUUAUUAAUCUAUAAUUCAAAUUAUAAUUUGGUUAGCACAAUAAUAAAAAUCAUUUUUAAUGCUUUUGUCUUUGACAAACUUUAGCGCUACGCUUUUUAUAUUUUAUACUCUUUUUUUUUAUUACUUUUUGAGAUGUUUUCUUAUAUAAAAGAAAAUACAAUAUACAAACAGGCAUUGGUUUUGGUCAUUUGUUACCACAAUAUCAAUAUGUUGCCUAUUGACAUUUUAUUGGUGCUAUUAUCUUCUCGUUGAAUUUGGAUUUGAUUGGUUAACUGUUAUUGGCUUUAUUGAGGCGAUAUUCUUUGGAACUAUAGCACUUGUUGUAUGGAAUUGCACGGUUAGUUCAAAAAGAAAAUAUUAGUAUGGUUAACAAAGCAAAAAGAAUAAUCAAAAGGUCUGAUAAUGAAUAAAGAAAAGCAGUCUCCCAUCUCCUCUAUAUAAUUAGGGAAGGGAGUUGGGGAUUUUUGACAAACUUUAACUAACAAGCAGUGUGUAGCAUGAAAAAUUAUUUCUCA